AUGAGAGAUACCUUGACUGUGGAUCUUUGGACUGCAGGACAGACUUCGAUUCCUUCGCUGCACCGCUACUGCUAUACUAAGCUCAUUGCUGGUUCGGAUGGAAGUCUCAAUGACUAUGUCAACUUCACCAGUCAUACGCAGAAUCGGGUCAUCUCACAACAAUCAAGAUGUCCUUCGGAGAUGGGCUCUCAUGAAUAUGUGCUAUUUGGAUCGUUAAGGUCUGGAGAAAGACUACAACUAUUCAAUCUUCUUGGAGCCUUUUUGUCCGCUGAAAUUGACUUCAACUCACCUGCAACAGCUCUGCUGUUUCGUUACGCUAUUUCUCAAGUGGGCACAGCGUGCUUUGCUUCGCCGCUUUAUCUACGCGAAUCUCAGAUUGUAUGGGAGGAUGAACACUUCAGUAAUUCUCUACUAGAUGCCCUGGAGAACGCGUUCUUGAAAAUCGAAGCCAACUUCAAAGAAGCAGCGGCUGCGGCAAUAUUGCUUGGGGUGGCUCUUAAGGCUUUGUCAUUGUCAUCGUUUGCUGAAAUUGCGACGCGCUGCACUUGUUCUCCAGAUUCGCCAAUCCGCUCUAGAGAUCUGUCACAUCAGAUCUUGACUGUUUGUAUUCUUUGUCGCCGCACCUAUGGUGUCGAUACAGAGGCCCAGCCGUCGAUGUUCUCCGACCAUGAUGCUGUGGCGGACUAUGUAGAGGCUUCAGUCCACCUACACACACAUCGAAAGUCCCAGUCUGACACAGAAGGUCCCAAGAAUGAAACGGAACUUUUGAAUGAUGCGUGUCUUGGGCGGCGAAACGAGAAGCAUCUCCUAGUAGCCCUUCAGCUCAACGAGUCAGCAAUCACAGAUGGUAUCAAGAGAUUCUGGGCAACUGCAAUGUUCACCGACAAGUGGCAGCUUGUACACCGAGAUGAUUCUUCCUGGAUCUCGAAUCGGGCUUCUUCUAAAGUCGUGCACUAUAAUCUCGUCACGGGUAGCCUCGUCUCUGGUCAGGCAAUUUCUCAGCUUCCAACUGAGUACACAUCCAGCCCUCUUUCCCACUCUAUCUUUGGAGAACUUGACCUCGAUGUCUUUGCCGCUGAUACUGACGACAUGGAGUAUGUGUCCAAAGAUGAUUUUCACGGCCAUCGAGUUUAUUUUGGCAUACGUGGUAAUGUCAUUCUUAUUUGUUCGCAGAGCAACGAUGAGACCUUCGAAGCAAUCCAGCAUGACCAUUUCGAGCAGAUAUUCCACGAGCAAUUGGAGCGACCUUUCCGCUCAGAUGGAUCUGACUGGACUCUCAUCACUGCUGUCAAGUCAGAGUCCAAGACAUGCAUGUAUGCCAACCAGAAGCAGCUGAUAGAUACCCACAGUCAAGUUGGCUCGAUCAUCUGUAACGCCCUACGGCCGAUUGAACAGUCAUCUCAUAUCGUGGUCAUGUUCUGCCAAACCACAACAAUCGAGAUUGAGCUCCCCCGCUAUAAUUUGCACUUUUUCGUCGACUUCAAAGGUCGAAUUGUUUGCAAAGAGCUUUCGGCCUUUGUUGAUUUUGACCAAGAACUAGGGACUCUGCAUGGAUUCCAGUCUCGUCUGAUUUUGCGGAUCAUGAGCAAGAUUGCAGGAUCGAACUUGAGAACACUUCUUAUUCCACACGGCGACGUAAAGCAUAACAGCAGCACCUCCUCAUAUAUCUGCUCGAGUCCGUUGGUCAGCCAAGAUCUGGAAGCCCAUCUUUACGAGGCAUACCCGCAUGCCAUCACCAGCUUUCCAAAAUCUGAUUAUCUGACUGGCAGAACUGGCACUGAGGAGAGCCUGACCGCUUUGUCAGAUCAUGUCUGUCGCAUCUGCCAACUAUUUUCCAAAUGUGCGCAAGCUAUAUUGUCUUUGAUAGCUCAAUUCACUCUAGGGCGGAAAUUCUAUCCGCCUCAUCUCAAGACUAUGCAGACUGUCACUUUCGACAAUGUUCUCCCUGCUAUGGUUCAACGCGACAUCUUCUUUGGAACAGUCCAUGAAAUUAUCGCCCACAACAUGAAAGCAGAUUGGUUGUUUGAUGCCAAUGUGACUGCCAUACCGUACAAGGGAGACUUUGGACUGUUGGAUAGAUCUCAUCACCGAACACGCAAGCUUUUCCCAAGCGAAUCUGUGGCAUCAAUGUCUCACCCUAUGAAUGACGAGGAUUAUUGCUCGCGGGAUCAAGGGUUGGAUUGCAACUUUCGCGCGUCAGCUGACAUGGCUGACGUUGUGGAAUCCUCGGAACCCGCAUUCGGUGUUGAUACGUCCUGGAACAGCAAGAUACAAACAUGGCAAAAAAGUCAGUGGGUUCAACAAGGAUUUUACAUUCAACUCCUUCUCGAGUCUGUUAGAUCGGCCUCUACCUCAAAGGAGAGUCUCAUGUUCGUUCUGUCGCUCUUAGCGUUUGAACAGCCCGCCAUUGGCGAACAGUUAAGAGCACUCCUCGCGUUCGCGAUCUCACCCGCGCUCAGGGAUCUGGCGGCUCCCGGACACGAUUCCUACGACUUGAGAGACGGGUAUACACUCAAUCGCAAGGAGAUUUUGAUGCUCCUUUCUCAAUGUGAGCAAUCAUUUAUCCCCAGCGAAACUUCAGAAGUCGAUGAAGACGGAAUCGCAAAAGAGCAACUACGGUUUCAAAAAGAGCUGGCAGCUCAGCACGAAUCAAUCCUAGAAGCUUUGCGCGAAGCCUGGCCGUGUGAUACCGUUCAGUUGCCGGCGAAGCAAGGCCUGGAUCACUACAAAGUUUUAGAGCUAGAAGCGCUUCUGGAUGGGAUGUUUGCAGUGUGGCACAAGAAUUACCUUUUCUUGCAACUCUUGGAAGAUUAUGAUCGGAGGCUGAAAGCUUUCAGCACCAGCAGGACUAGCCCGGAUAUUUCUGACACUAUUGUCGACUUUGAGCACACCACCUGUUUCUCGCCUCAAGAUAUGCACUUUUCGCUGCUUGACCUCAUGGCCAUGACGCCAAUCACCGUUGUUGACUUCAACGAGAGCAGUCCCACGGGCUUCGACGGCGAUCUGUCACAAUUGGUGUCUCAACAGGUGAUUCCUACACUUCUGGAGUCUAACCAAGUUCGUUCUAGCUGGGAGGAUCUAGAAGAUAUUGUUGAAGAGCUGUCCUGUGAUUCUUCCGUAGCUGUCCGCGAGUAUGGGCAAUUCUUGGGAAACAGUAUCGAAACCAUGCAGUCCCGAUCGGGUCAAGCCCAACCGAAGACGAAGGUGCCUUCGUGCGAGACUCUGACUCAAAAGCUCGAAGAGUCUAGAGGUCACAUUGCCUAUGUCUUAGCUCGAACAUUUAGAUUUACUCCAGCUCCUCUCAGCCGAGCAUCGAAGAAAGUACCUGCUUGUUGGAUGCCCGUUCUGCUCCAGUUUGCAAGAGAGAUUACAGCCGCUCAGCGCGUGGAAAGAUUACAGAAGUUUCUCGACAUCGAGGAUGCGUUCGCUCUCAACAAUGAGUUGAUAAAUCCUGCGCAUUCCACAUGGUCGUCUGAGAAGCGGCCUGACUGGCUGCUAAUCGAAUGCCAGAACAACUUUCUUAUUCGUCCAGUCCAGAUUCAGGUGGCAAAAGAGUUGCUCAAACCGGAAAAUGGGACCGUGUUACUGAGUAUGGGCGAGGGAAAGACAAGUGUAAUUCCGAACCUAGUGGUAACGGCACUUGCUCAAGGCUCACAUCUAGUUCGGGUUAUUGUUCUGAAGCCUCUCGCACAGGAAAUGCUCCGACUUCUAUCACGAUCUCUUGCAGGCUUGGCGGGACGAACCCUCUACUAUCUGCCAUUCUCGAGACAGACUACUCCAACUGCGGAAACACCACGGCGAUUAAUGAGUCUGUAUCAGGAGUGCCGUCAAACCGGAGGAAUACUUCUUACUCUACCCGAGUAUCUGAACUCGUUUGGUCUUAUGGGAAUCGACAAGCUGGCAGCGGACACACACCAUAUUGCUGCUGAACUCAUCCGCGUUCAGAAGUGGCUCGAUUUCAAUGCUAGAGAUGUCCUCGAUGAAUCUGAAGAGUUGUUAAGGCCUGCAUACGAGAUUGUUUACACGAACGGGGAAGCAAACCUCCUUUCGGGAGCGCCGGACCGCUGGAAUGUCUCCUUGGAGAUCUUGGAUCUAAUUCAGAAGAAAGCGAAGGCGCUCUACACCGAGUUCCCAAAGGCCAUUGAAGUCGAAAUACAAAGACGGGGCUCGUUCCAUCACGUUAGAGUGCUUAGUGAAGACGGCACAGCCGCAGUGGCAAAUCUAGUUGCCACGGCCAUCGUCGAUGGGCAGCUUCUAAGCCUUUCUCUCGGUCACUGCAAUCCGGAUGUUCUUCAGGCCAUCGGCUCAUUCAUCCUCAAUGUCGACGUCGAAGACGCGCAAUUGGAAUUGGUGGCUCAACACUUUCAGAGCUCUGCUAAACUUGAUCUGGUCUACGUCGCUAGAGGAUUCGUUUCCCACCAGAUACUGAGCCACACUCUUCGCAAACGUUGGAAGCCGGAUGCAUCAAUCAUCCUGACCGCGCUCUCCUUUUACUACACCGGCAUCCUUCGCCCAGAUUUGAGGAGAUGUCUCCUUAUUUUGCUCAGAUUGCCAGACCCUACCGAUGCUUAUGGUAAAUGGAUGAAACAUUCUGGUCUCCCGGGCAAAUAUCGCAAAGUAAACUCUAUCAACCUAGACGAUGCUUCUUGUGUUGAUACUCUGUAUGACCAUCUCUGUUACAAUAGUGGGUUGAUCAAUUUCUUCCUCCGACAUGUCGUCUACCUUUCAGAAGCAAAACAGUUUCGAUACAAAUUAUCCACCUCGGCUUGGGACUUGUGUAGAAACGCUGGAGUUCUCACGAAGGAUCUUCCGGAAUUAAGACACAUCACGGCCUCUACUCUGAGCACGCUGCUACGACACGAAAAUCGGCAGUACUUCUGUGCUGCAUCACCGUCUGGUCAGCGUCUCGUAACUAAGAAGCUAUUGCAACGUAUCACUGCAGACGGACCGGUCGACGUCAUUAUCGAUGUCGGAGCUCAAAUGCUGGAGGGAAGCAAGGAAAUAGCCCAUUUAUGGUUGCAGAUCAGUCCCCAAAAGAUGGCAACAAUAUUCUUUUCGGACAACGAUGAGAAGAUGGUCUUGAGUCGUGACGGUUCAACCGAACGACUUCCAUCAUCCAUCUUUAAAGACGAGCUGAAAAGCUGUCUGAUCUUUCUCGACCAAUUUCAUACAAGAGGCACAGACUUUCUGCUCCCAGAUAACUUUGCCGCCGCUGUUCUUUUGGGACCUGGAAUCCUGAAAGAUAAUCUGGUACAAGCUUGUAUGCGGAUGAGGAAUCUAGCUGUCUCUCAGCGAGUCAGAUUCUACGCUCCUCCAGAGGUUGAUCAAGCAAUUCGAAGUAUUACCAAAGAUCCAUUUGGAAAUCUUGACAGCUUACAUGUUGUUCGGUGGGCAAUUAACGAGUCUUGUCUUGCUCGGAAAAAGCAAGACCCACCGUACAUAACUCAAGGUCUACUGCACUCACGGCGGCGACUUGCUGCAGAUCGUCACGUUUCUUCCGAUGGAAAAAUUACGAAGCCCGAGCAGUAUCUGGACACUAUUCGAGAACAAGAGUGGCGUCCUGUGUCUGAGCUGUACUGUGCGAGCGGACCUCACCGAGCAGAGCUGCCGUUUCAACCGACUUUAGAAGAGUCACAAGACUCUGUGAUCCAAUAUCUGCGUGCAGAAUUUGAACGAACUAAUGUGGUGGAGUUCGAGAACAGUGGAAUCACACAAGAACAAGAGCGAGAAAUAUUGCAUGAAGUUGAAGAAGAGAGGGAGGUGCAACGUCCUCGAGAGGUUUGGCCUGCCGUCCCUCAACACUGUCAGAGACUAUUGGACUUCAUUCGAAACGGGACACCUCUCACUGGUCCCCUGAGCUUCGUCCGUGCUUCGAGAUCCUGGAGCAUACCCGCCUCAGAUUUCAUGCGAACCGUCCAGAACAAGGACGAUUCCCCUGAAGAUGAUUUCUUGAGACCAGUACAGUGGGUCGUGAAGACCUCAGAAAUAGAACGGCUCAUCAUCAUCAGCCCGCAUGAAGCUGACGUGUUUUUUCAAUCGAUUCGGGAAUCAACCUGGGCUACCAUGCAUAUGUAUCAAGCUCGUACCUCUCGAGGUGUGGUUUCCUUCGAUGCAUUGAAUAUAUGCAAGCUUCCAGCGAACACCGCUUCUGGACAAAUCACCCCGCAAGCGGUGGCCCUGCUUGGCCCCUUCGCGGGUCAGUUGUACUUCUCUUCCUUCGAGCACUACAAGGAAUUUAUUGAUAUGCGGCGGGCAGGCAUCGAGUGGACGCAUACUCAUAUGGGACGAGUUCUCAAUGGACAGAUCUUGCGGAGACAGAAUUUCGAAGAAGAUGAGGAGGAAAAUAUAGUACAGGAUACGGAAGAGUUGAGUCUUGAUGGGGAGGAUGAGACAGAAGAGUCGGAGACUGCAGAGUCAGAAUAA